UUCUGGGUUUGGUAGCCCACUCCAUCUUUUUCCACCCCAAGAAGAGAAAAUCCAUGUAACUCUUACACAGAAAAUUGUAGGCCUGUGCCUAUAUAACCUCAACGAGCAAGAAUCUUUUUCUUUUUUUUUUUGUGCUCUGAUUUCCCGUGCAACUAAAUCAGACAACGCCCGGCCGAAACUAACGGGACCAACACGGGUAUUAAAUAACCUAACGGGACUGAGCAGGAUCGCUAUGCUGGAAAUGGGGACGGUAAUAUAGCCACCAUGAGCUUUGCAGAGCGAAAGAAUGCAAGUCUUGGAGCUGCACUGAAAACGGGACCUCGGUUUCAGUCUGUUUCAGAAAAUGUGCUGAAAACUCCUACAACUGCCAAAAAGAUCAAUACCUCACUGCAAUCUGGUCGAAAGGCUUUGGGGACUGUCAACAAGAUCGCCUCAACUCCUGCAACAAACAGACAAGAGAAGAAACAGAUUGCCUCAACUCCUGCCACAAACGGACCAGAGAAGAAACAGACACAGGAAAUCAAAAGAAAAUGUGUUUCUCAGAACAAAGUGGAGGAAUACCCAGAAAUUGAGAAAUUCAUCCCAUAUGACCCACUUGAGUUUCAGAAACACGGCGUACCGGCGGAUGUGGUUCCUCUGAGUCAAUUGGCGUUGGCCGGACUAUCUUAUGUCCCAAACACCUGCCCUCAGUCCAAGGAGGAGCCAGACAUAAUGGAGCCAUAUCCCAUGCCGUCGCCGCCCAUAAAGAUUCCGGGGCAUUCAGCGGAGUUGGACGCCUUCCUGCAAACUAUCAACGAGUUGACAGUCGACUUCCCUCCAGAGUCCGAGUGAAUUUCCCCAACUUAUUUAAUGGUGUUGUCUUUAGAUAUGUUUACUGCUUUCUCUUAUUUAAAAUAAAGUUGUCCCCCCCCCC